UCACAUUCUCACUCUACACUACAGUCUCUGCUUGUCGGUUCUCUUCUCAAUCAUCAGCCCAAUUUCUCCUCAUUCUCACUCUCCCAACCUCUCAAUUCCCCCCCCCCUCCCUCACUCCUGUGUAUUUCCGUUUAGAGGUAGAGAGAGAAAGCUACAGUCAGUUUUGCGAUGAAAUUUCACUUCACUGAAGAUUGAUUUUUCACGUCGAUCGGAGCUAGUGAUCGUGUUCUGAUCUGAUGCGUAGACGGUAACCGAGGGAUCAGAGUGUGAGGAAAUGAGUUGCCAAACACCUACUCCAGAUAGGGUUUCAUCCGACGGCUCCAAUGCCAAGUCAUGUGUCGAUUGCGGCACCUCCAAAACCCCCCUAUGGCGCGGCGGUCCAGCUGGACCCAAGUCACUGUGCAACGCGUGUGGAAUUCGCAGCAGGAAAAGGAGGAGGGCGUUGAUGGGAGUUGCGAAGGAAGAGAAAGGCAAAAAAAAUGAAGUGGUUAGCAAUCAGAGCAGCAGCAGCAACAACAGUUGUACCACUAGCAGUAGCGAUAGUACCCCAGGGAAAAUUGGGGAUUCGUUCAAGAAUAAGUUGUUGGAUUUUGGUAGAGACGUAGCGUUGCAGAGGCCGAGAUCGAAUACGAAUAGGAGGCGGAAAAUUGGGGAGGAAGAGCAAGCGGCAUUUCUCUUGAUGGCUUUGUCGUGUGGAUCGGUUUAUGCUUAGCGGACUUGUACAUCUUGUUCUUCUUGUUGUACAACUUUUCCCUCUGUUUUGCCCCUUGGAAAUUUAUUCUAAUUUAAUUUUUCUUAUAAAUUACAACUACUAGUUUUUGAGAGUA